AUGGAUUUUCAUGCAUGGCUAGCGAGAAUUCAACUUCAAUUUUUCAAUAAAUUUUUUGCAUUUUCAGCUCUCAAAGGUGAUCAUUUGAAAUUCACUUACAAAUUUAAAGAAUUACAUGGUCAUUGGGGUAAUUGCAAAGACUAUGGCAGCGAACAUUUAAUGAAUGGAAAAGCGUUUUCUGCCGAAUUUCACUUCGUUUGCUGGAAUGAGAAAUAUGCGACAGCUGCUGAAUGCUUCAAACACUGCGAUGGUAUUGCGGUACUCGCUUUAUUUUUUCAGGAAUCGAAUGAUAAUAAUCCACAUUUGGAACCAUUAAUAAAUGGCAUCAAAGAAGCAGCUAACACCAAAAAUUCAGCUAACAUUUCCAACAGCUUUGAUCCAUCCAAACUACUUCCAGAUGAUUUGAAUUAUUAUACCUAUAACGGAUCGCUUACCACACCAGACUAUCAUGAAUGUGUAACAUGGACAGUUUUACGUAAAGCUACUUCAAUUGGAAGAUCUCAGGUUAUGUAUCAAUUUAAUAUGUAUUAA